AUGACUACCUCAAGAAAAGACAUCGUUUACGUUGUUGUUGAUCUAUGGCCGAUUCCUGAGAAAACUCAAAAUGUAAAAAAACUUCUAUACGAUACGAUUAUUGAAGCGAAGAAAGAACAAACAUGUUUAAAAUAUGAACUAUGUGAGAAUGUAAAUGAACCAUCACAAAUAACACUUCUGCAAGCAUGGUCGACUGUACAAGCACUUGAUCAACAUUUAACAAGUUCAAUAAUUAAUAAAGCCAGUGAAGAACUUCGACCUCUUCUCAGCAAACCAACAGAAAUUCGUCGUUAUAAAAAUAUCGGCUGA